CAGACGACCUUCUUUAGCACAAACAGCACAGAUCUGCCGGACUCACAGCUGGACCAACGAGGCAGAGUGGAACCAGACCAGCAGCAGAAAGAUGAUGAAAGAACCUGUAGAAGAAUCACCAACUAAAGCAGCUUCCACAGCAGAAGAGGAGCUUGCCAGGGUGCGGUCAGCUUUUGUUUGGAGGGUGUCAACAGAAAUCCUUAAACAGCUCCUUGAGGCCCUUGUAAGUGACGGUGUCUUAAAUGAAUUGGAGAAAGAAUCAAUACUGGAAGGGAACCCAGUCAGAGCAGAUAAGGCACGUUGCUUCAUUGAUACAGUGAGGAAGAAAGGGGACAAAGCCAGCAGGAUCAUGGUCAGACAUCUUCAGACUAUAGAUCUCUCCCUUUUCUCUCAGCUGCGUUUAUACUCUGAUCCAUCUGCUCAACAAGAGGCUCUUCAAAGUUGUCAGCCUCGGCUUAAAUCUAAGUUGAAGAAGAAAUUCCAGUGUGUGUUUGAGGGGAUCGCUAAAGCAGGAAACCCAACCCUUCUGAAUAAAAUCUACACAAAGCUCUACAUCACAGAGGGAGGGACUGCAGAGAUCAGUGAUGAACAUGAGGUCCGACAGAUUGAAACCGCAUCCAGGAAAUCAGAUAGACCAGAAACCAGAGUCGGACAAGAAGACAUGUUUAAAGAUUCACCUGGAAAAGAUGAACCAAUCAGAACAGUGCUGACAAAUGGAGUGGCUGGCAUUGGGAAAACAGUCUUAACACAGAAGUUCACCCUGGACUGGGCUGAAGACAAAGCCAACCAGGACAUCCAGUUCAUAUUUCCAUUCACUUUCAGAGAGCUGAAUGUGCUGAAAGAGGAAAAGUUCAGCUUGGUGGAACUUGUUCAUCACUUCUUUACUGAAACCAAAGAAGGAGGAAUCAGCAGCAUUGAAGACUUCCAGGUUGUGUUCAUCUUUGAUGGUCUGGAUGAGUGUCGACUUCCUCUGGACUUCCACAAAACUACAAUCCUAACUGACCCUAGAAAGUCCACCUCAGUGGAUGUGCUGCUGAUAAAUCUCAUCAGGGGGAAACUGCUUCCCUCUGCUCGCCUCUGGAUAACCACACGACCUGCAGCAGCUAAUCAAAUCCCUCCUGACUGUGUUUCCAUGGUAACAGAGGUCAGAGGAUUCACUGACCCACAGAAGGAGGAGUACUUCAGGAAGAGAUUCAGAGAUGAGGAGCAGGCCAGCAGGAUCAUCUCCCACAUCAAGACAUCACGAAGCCUCCACAUCAUGUGCCACAUCCCAGUCUUCUGCUGGAUCACUGCUACAGUUCUGGAGGAUGUGCUGAAAACCAGAAGGGGAGGACAGCUGCCCAAGACCCUGACUGAGAUGUACAUCCACUUCCUGGUGGUUCAAGCCAAAGUGAAGAAGGUCAAGUAUGAUGAAGGAGCUGAGACAGAUCCACACUGGAGUCCAGAGAGCAGGAAGAUGAUUGAUUCUCUGGGAAAACUGGCUUUUGAUCAGCUGCAGAAAGGAAACCUGAUCUUCUAUGAAUCAGACCUGACAGAGUGUGGCAUUGAUAUCAUAGCAGCCUCAGUGUACUCAGGAGUGUUCACACAGAUCUUUAAAGAGGAGAGAGGACUGUACCAGGACAAGGUGUUCUGCUUCAUCCAUCUGAGUGUUCAGGAGUUUCUGGCUGCUCUUCAUGUCCAUCUGACCUUCAUCAACUCUGGAAUUAAUGUGCUGGAAGAACAAACAACCUCCCAGAAGUCUGAAACGGGACAAUCUACACUUAAGCACUUCCACCAGAGUGCUGUGGACAAGGCUUUACAGAGUCCAAAUGGACACCUGGACUUGUUCCUCCGCUUCCUUCUGGGUCUUUCAUUACAGAACAGUCUGAUUCUCCUACGAGGAAUGCUCACACAGACAGGAAGAAACUCACAGAGCAGUCAGGAAACAGUCCAGUACAUCAAGAAGAAGCUCAGUGAGAAUCUGUCUGCAGAGAAAAGCAUCAAUCUGUUCCACUGUCUGAAUGAACUGAAUGAUUGUUCUCUAGUGGAGGAGAUCCAACAGUGCCUGACAUCAGGAAGUCUCUCCACGGAGAAACUUUCUCCUGCUCAGUGGUCAGCUCUGGUCUUCAUUUUACUGUCAUCAGAAAAAGAUCUGGAUGUGUUUGACCUGAAGAAAUACUCUGCUUCAGAGGAGGCUCUUCUAAAACUCCUACCGGUGAUCAAAGCCUCCAACAAAGCUCUGCUGAGCAUCUGUGAACUUUCAGAGAGAAGCUGUAGAGCUCUGUCCUCAGUUCUCACCUCCCAGUCCUCAAGCCUGAGAGAGCUGGACCUGAGUAACAAUAGCAUGGAGGAUUCCGGAUUGAAGCUUCUGUCUGAAGCAGUGGAGAGUCCACAUUGUAAACUGAGAACUCUGAGACUGAGCGCCUGUAACCUCUCAGAGAGAAGCUAUGAAGCUCUGUCGUCGUUUCUUAGCUCCCGGUCCUCUAGUCUGAGAGAGCUGGACCUGAGUAGCAACAAUGUGCACGAUUCAGGCGUGAAGCUUCUGUCUGGCGCAGUGGAGACUCCACAAUGUAGACUUAAAACUCUCAGGGUGGAGCCUGCUGGAGUCCGAUGGUUAAAACCAGGUCUGAGGAAGUAUUCCUGUCAACUCACAAUCGACACAAACACAGUAAAUAGAAACCUCAAACUGUCUGACAACAACAGGAAGGUGACACAUAAUAUUAUGGAGGUUCAGUCAUAUCCUGAUCAUCCAGACAGAUUUAAUGUUUGGCCUCAACUGCUAUGUAGUAAUGAACUGACUGGUCGCUGUUACUGGGAGGUCGAGUGGAAGGGAAACAUUUCUAUAUCAGUGAGUUACAGAAGAAUCGGAAGGAAAGGAAACAAUGAUGACUGUUGGUUUGGACUCAAUGAUCAUUCCUGGAGUCUGCACUGCACUGAUGGUGGUCCUCAGUUUGUCUGUCACAAUUGCAGAUCCACAACCAUCCCCCCCUCCUCUUCCUACUCCUCCUCUGUCUCUAACAGAGUAGCAGUGUAUGUGGACUGUCCUGCUGGCACUUUGUCCUUCUACAGAGUCUCGUCUGGCACUCUGAUCCGCCUCCACACCUUCAACACCACAUUCACUGAACCUGUUUAUCCUGGAUUUUUAUUGUCUUUUCAUGGUGCCUCAGUGUGUCUGUGCUGAGUUGAGUAUAAAGAGUGUCCUCCUGUUAGAGAAAUACUCUAUGCAUUUUAAGGUUAAUGGAUUCAAUGAGUUGAUGUUUUAAACUGUUCUAAAUGAUUCCUUGUAAACUUCUUCCUCUUCACUCCUUUAAAGAUGGAAGCUACAAUUAUUCCAGGAUCCAUUCUUAGGAAUAUUUUAAUGUGCCUGAAUAGCACUGCAUAUGCUGUAUUUCACUUUAGUUUGAAUGAAACAUGAAAUCUAUCACAAAGGGCCCUGGAGUAGAAUCUGGUGGAUUUUGGUAAUAUACAUUAGAUUUGUUUUGAUGCUAUUUUUUUAAGCUGUUUCAUUGUUAUGAUUUCAGAUCUGAAUUUUAUAAAAUGCUGCAUCAAAAACAAAGACAGAUGUGUUGAUGUCCACAAAUGACAAUUACCUCCAAAAGCACCUUUUAAACAACCUUCUGUAUUUUGAAUACAUUGCUCAGUUUGAGCUGAUGUUUGAUAUCAUUCCUUUUUUCAUGACUUUUUUGAUCACUAUCAUAUUUUACUGUUUCUAUUUGAAUUUUAGCUUAGAGCUUAUUUUUAUUGUAUGCAUAUCUCUAAUGCAGCCACAGCAAAACAGCUGCCGGAUGUCAAGGUCCUGGGUCUGGUUACCGAGUGCUUAUGUUUUGAUUAUUUAUUAAUAUUUAAUCUUCUUUGAU